AUGACAAAGAAGAUGGAAAUAAGAACUUCAAAGAUAGGAUAUAAGAAAGAAGAUGUGUCUGUCAUACCUAUAUAUCUUAACGAUGAAACUUGGAUUUUUGGUUUGGAACACACAUUUCUACUUUGUAUUAUAUUCGGAAGAUGGUUACUACCAAAGGGUUUCUUAUCGCGUGACAAAUUGUCCAGUCUAUUGCUGCUGUUAAUAGGAAAGGCAUGUGACGUAACGGACUUUUUUACUCUCAUAAAUGAGACAAAAGUCCGCGAGGAUACAAAGUUGGUCUAUGCAAUUUUGUCAACUUGGAGUGUAAGCGUAGUCCAGUUUACAUUUGUGCUUACAGAAAUUGAAAGUCCAAGCGGAAAUAGUUCUUCAAGACGAAUAACUCAACUUCAAAAAGUAUUGCUUGGAACAGAUGCCUGGUGUUGCACAAUUUCUAUCUUUAUGGAAGAGUUACCAUUCCUGAUAAUGCGGGCAUAUACCAUAGCGACGCAUAAUAUAACUUCGUACAGUACAUUGUUUUUUAUCACCAAAAAUGUGUUACUGCUUUUAAUGCUGUUUUAUAGAAUUUUAAGUGUAUUUUUUAAAGAGUUUGAAAUUCAUUGGCCCGUCGUUCCGAUUACUAAAAAAAGAAUGUGA